AUGAAGGAGCAGUUAGAAAAACUGGCUUCCAAUUUUCAGAAAUCUUGUUUGGAUGCCAGGACAAUUGAGUACUCAUGUCAAUUUUUUCAUAAAAAGUUCAAAAAAUGCCAGAAUCCUGAGAAAACGGCUCGACGAGAGUACCUUCAAAAAGCUUUGACCUACUACAAUGCCCAAUUGUCUCAGAUGAACGAGACAAAGCACAUACCCCAGGAGCUGUUCAAUGAUAUAUAUAGCAUAGCAUACUUUCAAAAUCGGCCUAUAGCUGAGAGAUGCCCUCGGUGGUGGAGACAAUUCAUGUAUGCCACAGAUGAACCAUUGCAACGGCUCUAUAUCAACUCCCUUUUCAAAAUUGAACAUCGCAUUUAUAAGGACUUUAAGGACAUUGACGACAAAGAAACGCUCCGUGAAUACGAUGCUUAUUUCGAUAAACAGCAUAAUAGUCCGCCGGUUUCCAUAUUGGAGAGUUUCAAAGACCUGUAUAACUCCUCUGACCAAGAGUCCACGAAUUGCAAAAAUUUGCUUGAUGGAUCUCUAUUGCAAGCAUUUUAUAAGGAGAAUGGAAUUGAAGAUCUCCAAGUCGCAUUUGACGAAGAAACAAACCAAAAUGUCAGGAAAUUGUCUCUUUUCACGCAGUCUCCGUUGUUCAAAGACAAACUCUAUUACAAACGUACCAACCCUCCCUCCAUGAAAAUAGAGUUUCCUGGAACUGUUUUCGGACUUCCAAUCGCACUUAAACGACAAAAUGUUAAAAAGAGAAAGAAAUUGCAAGAAUUAAGGCGGUUCAUGUUGAACGUGGAGCCAGUAGCUAUUGAUGAUCUCGACUAUUUGGACAAGUCUAUAGACAUGGACAUAGAUGCAAAAAUUAAAAGGAAAAUACAAGUCUGGGUGAGAAAUAAAUAUGCUCUCGACGAGGAAGGCCAGUUCAUAAGAUCAAGGUUUUGUAACCGCCCUGCAGAUAAUGUGAUUUGA